UGUGCAAAAAAAGGUCCGUCUCAAAACAGCGUCUAGCUAAUUAGCUAAACACUUAUUUGGCGUCCACGUUAAAGCGAAAUAUUUCUCAUAUAAGGUCAACAGACAGUUAGAAAUCUACGCACAAUGGAUUCAGAAACCAAGCAGAGAAAGCGAAACUACACGGAGGAGAAAUCCGCUUCAGAGCCUUCAGAUGAUGACGACUACGUGCCGUAUGUCCCAGUUAAGAUUAGAAAACAGCAGAUGUUGCAGAAGAUGAUGCAUUUCCGAGGGAAAGGUUUGACGGAGGAGGACCAGAAGGACAGCGGAGGAGAACAAAAGGAUGAGGACGAAGGUCUAGGACCACGAUCCAACGUCAGUCUGCUCGACCAGCACCAGCACCUGAAGGAGAAAGCAGAAGCCCGGAAGGAGUCGGCAAAGGAAAAGCAGCUGAAGGAGGAGGAGAAGAUUCUGGAGAGUGUGGCAGAGGGCCGAGCUUUAAUGUCUGUUAAGGAGAUGGCCAAAGGUAUCACUUAUGAAGACUCUAUUAGGACCAGCUGGAAAGCUCCUCGUUACAUAUUGAACAUGCCUGUAGUGCGGCACGAGCGGGUGAGGAAGAAGUACCACAUCCUGGUGGAGGGCGAAAGCAUCCCUCCACCCGUUAAGAGCUUCAGAGAGAUGAAGUUCCCUCAAGCAAUUCUGAAAGGACUGAAGAAGAAAGGAAUCGUCCAUCCAACACCCAUCCAGAUCCAGGGAAUCCCAACUAUUCUUUCUGGCAGAGAUAUGAUUGGCAUUGCGUUCACGGGUUCCGGGAAGACGCUGGUGUUCACGCUGCCCAUCAUCAUGUUUUGUCUGGAGCAGGAAAAACGCUUGCCAUUCUGCAAGAGAGAGGGACCCUACGGGCUCAUCAUCUGUCCUUCUAGGGAGCUGGCGAGACAGACACACGGCAUCAUCGAGUAUUACUGCAAGCUCCUGGAAGAUGAGGGCGCGCCUCAGCUGCGCACUGCCCUCUGCAUCGGGGGCAUGUCUGUCAAAGAACAGAUGGAGGUGGUCAAGCACGGCGUGCACAUGAUGGUGGCUACACCGGGCCGUCUGAUGGAUCUGCUCAAUAAGAAGAUGGUGAGUCUGGAUAUCUGUCGCUACCUGGCUCUGGACGAGGCUGACAGGAUGAUUGAUAUGGGCUUUGAGGAGGACAUCAGGACAAUCUUCUCUUAUUUUAAGGGUCAGAGACAGACGCUGCUCUUCAGCGCUACCAUGCCUAAGAAGAUCCAAAACUUCGCCAAAAGUGCCCUGGUCAAACCCAUCACCAUUAACGUGGGCCGAGCCGGAGCUGCCAGCUUGGACGUCAUUCAGGAAGUAGAGUAUGUCAAAGAGGAAGCAAAAAUGGUGUACCUUCUUGAGUGCUUACAGAAGACCGCACCUCCCGUGUUGCUAUUUGCUGAGAAGAAAGCAGAUGUGGAUGCCAUCCAUGAGUACCUGCUCCUCAAAGGUGUAGAGGCAGUGGCGAUCCAUGGAGGCAAAGACCAAGAGGAAAGAACAAAAGCCAUAGAGGCCUUCAAGGAGGGGAAGAAAGACGUUUUGGUGGCCACUGAUGUGGCUUCUAAGGGUUUGGAUUUCCCUGCCAUUCAACAUGUAAUUAACUACGACAUGCCUGAAGAGAUCGAGAACUAUGUCCACAGAAUUGGUAGAACGGGUCGAUCGGGCAAAACCGGAAUAGCUACGACGUUCAUCAACAAGGGAUGCGAGGAAUCAGUGCUGAUGGAUCUGAAGGCAUUGUUGGUUGAAGCCAAGCAGAAAGUUCCACCGGUUCUGCAGGUGCUCCAGCCAGGGGAUGACGCCAUGCUGGAUCUUGGAGGAGAGAGAGGCUGUGCGUUCUGUGGUGGUUUGGGUCAUCGCAUCACAGACUGUCCCAAGCUGGAGGCCAUGCAGACCAAGCAGGUUACCAACAUCAGCCGCAGAGACUGUUUGGCCAACAGCUCCAUGGACUUCUAAGCCUCAGGAUUUCCUCGGACAAUAAGUGACUCCUGGAUGCUGGUCUGGAAAAGAAAACAAUAUAUUCACACAAGAGACUUAAGAGAUCACAUUAUUCUGAUACUCAUGUUUUUGUGCUGCGACUUGAUAUGCACAUUUUUACACAACCAGUCUCACACGUUGUUCCUGUGGAAAGCUUGAACAUUUGAUUUGUGUUAUGAACAAGUCCUACCUUUCCUAGAAACCGUAGAUCAACAUGAUGGACGUACGGAUGCAAACGUCACUGUCUUAACGGAAGCUUCUUCAUGUGGCAGUGGGAUCCAUGGACGCCCAAGCUGCCUGCUGGAAAGAAUUCACCUGAAUAACAAAAUAUCAGAACUGGUAUAAGUGAACAAAACUAAAGACUUUUCUAACAGUAUACAAUACAGUUGUGCUGUUAUUAACUGUAUGGGAGUGGAAAUUUAUUUUGAUAAAUAAACCCUAAUUAUUCUGUAACAGUUUUAUUUUAAAAACUGUAACUUAAUUUAUGCAUUUUCUGUAUUCAGUGAGGAAGGUAUUAAUGCAAUAUUUUAGAUAUUUUAACGUGCCUUUUUGUUCAACAUGUCAUUAAAGUGAAUCUGAAUGUAUGUACCAGUCCUCAGUGUGUUGUGAAUUUAAUUUUUUUUACACAAUGGAUGUGAUGUAUAAUAAAGUUUCAGUCAGUUCA